UCGCCUCUGUUGUCCUUCCGGAAUGAAGAGAAAGAGGGAGGGAAGAGAGGCGGAAACGGCAGCCCCGGCGAGCAGUAGCCAUGAUGAUGGAUUGGGGAGGGGCUACGAGGUGUUCCUGAGCUUCCGAGGGCCUGAUACCCGCUUAACCAUCGCUGAUUGUCUCUACAAUGACAUGAUCCGCGUGGGAAUCCGUGCUUUCAAAGACAACGAGGAGCUCCGAUUUGGCAAAGAGAUCAGAGGCGGCCUCUUGCAAGCGAUCAAUGAGUCCAGGAUUUACAUCCCGAUUUUCUCUAAAGACUACGCUUCAAGCAAGUGGUGCCUCCGUGAGCUGGCACACAUAGUGGAGUUGUCGAGAGGUAAUGACCAAAAAGUGAUCCUCCCUAUCUUCUACGACGUGGACGUAGAUGACGUCAAGCUUAAGACUAACUUAUAUCGAGAAGCCCUCCGGAAGCACAAGAGCGAGUCCGGGAAGGGUUUAGCAAAGAAGUGGAAGAAGGCUUUGAGAGAGGUUGCCAGAAUUAGAGGAAGGAACCUAAAAGAUCACGGCCUGCAUAAACUUACGAAGCUCAUGGUGGAAGAGGUUUUUAGUUUGUUACGGACAAGACCCCCGGACGUGCCUAAUCAUUUGGUGGGAAUCAAGGAUCGGAUGGAUGAGAUUAUGAAGCGGUUAGAUCUAGGAGCUGUUGAUGUACGGUAUAUCGUGAUUCAUGGUAUGGGUGGCAUCGGAAAGACGACACUGGCCGAGGCUAUCUUCAGGAAAAUCUCCCCUGAAUUUCAGGAUGGUUGCUGCUUUCUUAAAGAUGUUCGGACUCAAAAUAUAAUAGAUUUGCAAAUGAAAUUGUUGUCCGAUGUUCUCAACCACAGUUGCCCAAACAUCUCCUUCGUUGAUGACGGGGCUAAUAUGAUCAAGAUGAAGUUACAUAGGGGGAAAGUUUUGAUUGUUCUUGAUGACGUCGACAACCGGUACCAAAUCAUGAGACUUGCUGGCGAGCCUGACUGGUUUGGUGGGGGUAGUAGAAUCAUCGUGACAACAAGGAAUGUUGAAUCCUUGGUAAAGAAAGGCGAAGAUGACAAUGACCCAGCCUCAGAUGAUGGACAUUUUUCAUUCUACCCUAUGCCGGAGAUGAAUCGGGUUGAUGCUCUUCAACUUUUUUGUGAACGUGCCUUGGGACGUGCCAAGCCUCCACCUGAUUACUUGGACAUUACCGAUAAGCUAAUCGAUGCACUUGGAGGACUUCCGUUGGCUCUUGAUGUGGUAGGUUCCGGACUCCGUGGAGACAACCCAAGUACAUGGGAAAAAGUUUUACACAAGUUAAAGAAGGUGAUGAAUCUAGAAGUCAAGAACAAGUUGAUGAUAAGUUACGAAGCAUUGGAGCCCAAUCAACAACAAAUUUAUCUUGAUAUAGCAUGUCUCUUCAUUAAUCAAGAGAAAACAACAGCAAUUAAAUAUUGGGACGCGGUUUAUGAGUAUGCUUCCGAAAUCGAUGUCAAGAUGCUCACAUAUAAGUCUCUGAUAAAGAUCGACCAUAAUAAAUUAUGCAUGCACGACCAACUUAGAGAUCUUGGAAGGGAUAUCGUCCAACUAGAAAGCCGCAAAACCCAUCUAAUGGAUAGCAGAUUGUGGCGUCCCAGGGAUGCCUUCCGUGCAGUGCGAAGAAAAAGGGGAAAUGAAAACGUAGUAGCACUCAAUCUUGGCACACCUGAACCUCAUGCGGCGCACAUAUUUAAACACGAGGAAUUUGAGACGAUGGUCAACCUUACGUUCCUUCAAUUGGACCAUGGAAACUUCGAAGGAGACUUUAAAAAUAUUUUCUCAGAGUUAAGAUGGCUCUCUUGGAGCAAUUGCCCUUUCGAAUUUCAAGCUACAAACUUUGGGUUGGAGAACCUAGCGGUUCUCAAGCUUUCAAGGAGUAACAUUACUGAAGACUGGGGAGGAUGGCGUCAAAUCAUGGUAUCAGAACAGUUGAAAGUCCUACAACUCAUGGAUUGUCCAUCCCUUACAAAGACACCCGAGUUCUCCGCAAUCUUGGGACUGGAGAGAUUGAUUCUUAGAUGCUCUCAGCUAAGAGAGAUUGAUGAGUCCAUCGGCAAUCUACAACAUCUUGAUUACCUAGAAAUAGAGUGUGAAGCUAUUGAGUCAAUACCAGAGUCCAUCGGCGGUCUAAAAUCUUUGACGGAGCUGAGAAUAGAUUCUCGGAGACUCUCAGUGUUGCCUUACUCGAUUGGUAAUUUGGUGAAGCUGAAGCAUCUAAUCUUGCAAUGCAAACAACUUGGAGAGCUUCCCGACUCUAUUGGACAAUUGAAGUCACUACUUAAACUGGAUGUCUUUAAUACGAGAAUUAGAGAAUUACCCAAUUCCAUUGGAAACCUAGAAAGGUUGAGAAUUUUUGUGCUUCCAUGUGACAGUUUAGAAAAGCUACCAGACUCGAUUGGGAGGCUCCAAUCAUUGGUCGAGUUGGAUUUGAGGCAUUCAAUAAUCAGGAAAUUACCCGAUUGUAUUGGAAAUCUGAAAAAGUUGAAGUUACUAUGUCUGACUUUUAGCCGCAUAAGAGAACUUCCGAAAACCAUAGGAAUGUUGGAAAAUCUGGUAGAGUUGCGGGCUCCGUUUGCUCUGGAGAGGGAAAUUCCAAGUGAGAUUGGGGCACUAUCCUCGUUGAAAAUUCUAGACUUAUCGGGUGGCAAAUUUAGUGGAUUGCCGGGAACCAUCAAUCAACUUACAAAUCUAGACACACUUUCUUUAUGGGAGUGUCGUUCAAUUCAACAGCUGCCAGAACUUCCUAAGAGUCUUACGUCGUUGUCCAUUUCAUCAAACUCGCUGACCACAAUCCCCGACUUCUCAAACCUAACCAAUUUGGUUCAUCUCCAUAUAGAUGGAACACCAGUUCAAGAACCCAACAACAUAGAUUGGCUUGUGAGACUACAAGCUCUGAGGUCUUUGACCCUGCGCGUUGGAAAUAUCACCUUGCCUCCAACCGAUUUCAGUUCCCUCUCUCAGAUACAAUUCCUCCACGUACGUUAUGCUUACUUUCGACCUCUUACUAGGCUUCCAUCCAGCCUUCGAACUUUGACGUUAGAAGAUGUCCAGUCAGCGAUAGAUUGGUCACUCUUUUCCAACUUGAAGAAUUUGUCAUCGCUGUCUAUUGGUGGAUAUUGGCUCAGAGAGGUGUCGCUUGGAAAGCAACGGCAAUUCAACGAAUUGAGGAUGCUCGAUCGUCCAUUGCUCAAGACGCUGACCGUUCUGCCUUGUCUGAAGGAGAUCCAGCGUUUGACCAUGCAACGAUUGCCUCAGCUGGCUGAGAUUCAGGAUUUGGGAGAACUGAAAUCAUUGCAGGUGUUGCGUAUCAAGGACUGCAAUUCCAUCAAAAGCUUAGAUCUGUCUAAUUUAAGAAAUCUGAAACGAUUGAAACUCUUCAGUUGUGAAUCACUGGAGCGCGUGUUGGGUGUGCCAGAAUCUUGUAAACUCGUGGUAUUGCACUGCCCGAGGUUCAACAAAGAUGGAUAAGGUAUGUAUCAUCUAAUUGGCAAAGAUAGUCAAAGAUG